CUGUUACUAUCAUAGCUGCAAAUGUUACUAUUUCAGGUUGUCGGGAUGACGGGGAAUUAUAGACCAGUUAGCCUGACAGUGGUGGUGGGAAGAUGCUGGAGUUAAUUAGUAAAGUAGUAAUAACGGCAAAUUUAGAUAGCAGAGGAAAAAGUUUAUUAAGACCAAAGUUGCACCCUUGAUGACUGAAAAAGGUGAAUUUAUUAUGGGGAUCUAGGAAAUGUCAGAUGAGUUGAAUAGGUACUUUGGAUCCGUCUUCACUUAGCAGGACCCAAACAAUCUUCCUGAUGUACUAGUGGGCAGAGGAUCUGUUGUGAUGGAGGAACUGAAGGAAAUCCACAUUAGAUGACACAAGGAUGGGUGGCAGUGUAAACUGUGAGGAGGAUGCUAUGAGAAUGCAGGGUGACUUGGACUGCUUGGAUAGCUGAGACUCCGAACUUUCGACGCAAAGACGAGGAACAGUCUCGAGAAUUAGGGGCACGCUCUCAUCUGCUUGCAAGAACAACAACAGGGGUACAACGCGGAAACAGGCUCUUCGGCCCACCGAGUCCGCACCGACCAGCGAUCGCCCGUUCACACACUUGUUUAGUUUAGAGAUACAGCACGGAAAUAGGCCCUUCGGCCCACCGAGUCCACACCGACCAGCAAUCACCCCGUACACUAACACUAUCCUACACACACUAGAGACAAUUUUCACAGGGUUUAGGAGUCGUUGCUGUGGACAGAGAGACGGGGACGUGAGUGGCCAGGGUGCCGGUGAACCCCCCCCACAUCUGCUCGGUUUACGGGCUGAGCUUCGAGGGAGAACCACAUGACGGGGCACAACAAGGAGAAGCAUUAUGAAUGUGACAUGUGUGGCAAGGCCUGGCAGUACCCGAGCCUGCUGGAGGCCCACCGCCGGGUGCACACGGGAGAACGCCCCUUCGACUGCGCAGAGUGCGGCAAGAACUUCGCCUGCCAUGACAGCCUGCUGCAGCACAACCGUGUGCACACCGGCGAGAGGCCCUUCACCUGCUCCGUCUGCGACAUGAGCUUUGCCCGGUUGUCAGGGCUGCAGGAGCACCGGCGGGUGCACACAGACGAAAGGCCCUUCACCUGUUCCGACUGCGGGAAGAGCUUCAAGAUGCUGAAGGCCCUAAAGAUGCACCGGCGGGUGCACACGGGCGAGAAGCCCUAUGGCUGCUCCACCUGCGACAAGAGCUUUGCCUGGUUGUCGGGGCUGCGGGAGCACCGACGGGUGCACAGCGGUGAGCGGCCCUUCUCCUGCUCUGACUGCGGCAAAGGCUUCAAGUCGCCGCUGGACCUGAAGGUGCACAGGCGCGUGCACACCGGGGAGCGGCCCUACACCUGCAACGACUGUGGCAAGGGCUUCACCCAGUCCAGCAACCUGCUGGUGCACCAGCGCAACAUACACACAGGCGAGCGCCCCUACACCUGCGCCCAGUGCGGCAAGGGCUUCACCCUCUCCACCGGGCUGCUGACCCACCAGCGCACCCACACCGGGGAGCGGCCCUACACCUGCAGCGACUGCGGCAAGGGCUUCACCCGCUCCGACAGCCUGCUGGAGCACCAGCGCACCCACACCGGCGAGCGCCCCUACACCUGCGCCCAGUGCGGCAAGGGCUUCACCCGCUCCACCUAUCUGCUGGAGCACCAGCGCACCCACACCGGCGAGUGCCCCUAUACCUGCGCCCAGUGCGGCAAGGGCUUCACCCGCUCCACCUAUCUGCUGAAGCACCAGCGCACCCACACUGGUGAGUGCCCAUACACCUGUGCCCAGUGCGGCAAGGGCUUCACCUGCUCCAACAGCCUGAUGUCCCACAAGCGCACCCACACCAGCGAGUACCCCUACACCUGCGCCCAGUGCGGCAAGGGCUUCACCUGUUCCACCAAGCUGCUGUCUCACCAGCGCGUGCACACAAAUGGCCAGUCCUAUUAAUGCUCGUACUGCGGUGUCAUUUUACAGCUCGCGGGGGUUGCGGCAGCACCGGCAGGCUCACGCUAGCGUGCGUCUGCUCCCACUGUGGCGAGCAUUUCAAGCGGAUACACACCAGAGAGAGACCCCUUGUGU